AUGGGGAAGCUAUCGCAGCAAAAGAGUACAACAACUAUCCAUGCAACCACGACAGUUGGGGCAACUGCCACUUCAACUGUUCUCAAGCCCAAACGUACGAGGAAGACAGUCCCCAGAGACUCCCCUCCUCAACGCAGCUCCAUCUACCGUGGCGUCACCAGGCAUCGGUGGACUGGGAGAUAUGAAGCUCAUUUGUGGGAUAAGAAUUGCUGGAAUGAAUCACAGAACAAGAAAGGAAGACAAGUUUAUCUUGGUGCUUAUGAUGAUGAAGAAGCAGCUGCACACGCUUAUGACUUGGCUGCUCUCAAGUACUGGGGUCAUGAAACCAUUCUUAACUUUCCUUUGGCAACGUACGAGAAAGAACUGAAGUUAAUGGAGGGACAAUCCAGAGAAGAAUACAUUGGAUCCCUAAGAAGGAAAAGCAGUGGAUUUUCACGAGGAGUUUCCAAAUACCGCGGCGUUGCAAGGCAUCACCAUAAUGGAAGAUGGGAAGCCAGAAUUGGUAGAGUUUUUGGCAACAAGUACCUUUAUCUUGGGACCUAUGCUACACAAGAAGAGGCUGCAGUUGCAUACGACAUGGCUGCCAUAGAAUAUCGUGGUCUAAAUGCUGUCACAAAUUUUGACCUUAGCCGAUACAUCAAAUGGCUCCGACCAAACAACAAUAACAACACCAACAACGAGGUUAACCCUAGUAUUGGAACCAACCUUGUAUCUACUCAAAACCAUAGUUUAUGUUCAAAUUCGAGCUCUAGCUUGAGUGGUAGCGGUCUUUACAAUCACCACCAGCAACCGCUUUUGAGUAGGGAUGAGCAAAAGAAUCAUACCGUGAUAACAACCGAGGUGUCGUUGGCUCAAUCUCAGCCCACCUCCACCACAUCGGCAUUAGGGUUAUUGUUUCAAUCCUCGAAGUUCAAGGAGAUGAUGGAGAUGACCCUGGCAGCCGAGUGCUCGGCGCCAGCAGUCGUCGAGGCUAGCAUUCCCCCACGACGCAGCUUUCCGGAGGACAUAAAAACCUGCUUCGAGGAUCAAGAUUUUGCUAGCUAUGGAGAUGAUAUGACCACCUUUGACAACUUCAACUCACUCAUGCAACCAAUUCUUCAACUUGACUUUGACUUUUAG